UGGGGUUUUAGUUUCUCUUUCUAUACUUCCAUUCCUUUCACAUAUCCGAAUACCUCUUUGCUAAUUUAAUGGCGAAAUCACCAGAAACACAGCACCCAAUUGAGGCCCUUGGAUGGGCAGCCAGAGAACCAGCUGGUUCUCUUGCACCCUUCAAAUUCUCCCGAAGGACAACUAGUGAUAAAGAUGUGAGGUUCAAAGUUCUGUAUUGUGGGAUAUGUCACUCUGAUCUUCACAAUAUCAGGAAUGAUUUUGGCGGCUGCAAAUUUCCUCUUGUACCAGGGCAUGAGAUUGUUGGGGUAGUAACAGAGGUAGGUAGCAAGGUACAGAAGUUCAAAGUUGGAGACAGAGUGGGUGUGGGAUGUAUGGUUGGAUCAUGUGGCUCAUGCGACCAGUGCGCCACCAAUCUUGAAAAUUACUGCCCCAAAAUGAUACUCACCUACAAGGGAACAUACCAUGAUGGAACAAUCACAUAUGGAGGUUACUCUGAUCACAUGGUUGCCGACGAGCAUUUCGUGGUCCACAUCCCCGAUAACUUGCCUCUUGAAGCUGCUGCUCCUCUCUUGUGUGCUGGGAUCACAACUUACAGCCCCCUCAAGUAUUUUGAGCUUGACAAGCCUGGUCAGCAUUUGGGCGUGGUAGGUCUAGGCGGGCUUGGUCACGUCGCAGUGAAGUUUGCAAAGGCUUUUGGUGCUAAGGUGACAGUCAUCAGUACAUCCCCUAACAAGAAGGAGGAAGCCAUUGAACAUCUCGGUGCUGAUUCAUUUUUGGUGAGCCGUGACCAAGAUCAGAUGCAGGCUGCAGUGGGCACAAUGGAUGGUAUUAUCGAUACUGUUUCUGCUAUUCAUCCUCUCAUGCCUUUGAUUGCUUUAUUGAAGUCACAUGGGAAGCUUGUUUUGGUCGGUGCACCAAAAGCACUUGAACUACCUGUUAUGCCUUUGCUUUUGGGAAGGAAGAUAGUUGCUGGGAGUCUUAUUGGGGGUUUGAAGGAGACACAAGAAAUGAUUGAUUUUUCUGCAAAGCACAACGUAAAACCGGACAUUGAAAUCAUUCCAAUGGAUUAUGUGAACAUUGCCAUGGAGCGUCUUGAGAAAGCUGAUGUCAAAUACAGGUUUGUCAUCGAUGUUGGGAACACAUUAAAAGUCGACUGAAAGUCUUGUGGCUUCUGAACUUGGGGUAUUUUUUGAGAGUGGAUCUGGUUUGUAUGGGGCUUGAUGAUGUUUUUACUUUAGUUGAUGAAUCCAUGUUUGUAUUUUUAAGCUUUGUUUCCUAUAACAUUAGAAUUGUAACCAAAGGAUCAACAUUGUCUUUGGAUUUCGUUACGAAUAAGUAAAUAAAGAACUUUGUUUGCCAAUU